AUGAAAACAUAUUUGUUUUUCACUUUGCUUUCCUCUCUUGCUGCUUUUGAUUUUUCCGAAGAAGCUCGAAAGUAUGUGGAUCACAACGUGGACCCCUGUGAUGAUUUCUAUCGUCAUGCUUGCCGUUUAGGCGGUUCAUCUUAUUUACCGAAUCAAAUCAUAACUGAGCAACUGGAAAAGUCUAAUGUGAACGAAAAUUCUAAAGAAUUUCCCGAUAUUGAGAACAUCGCAAUCAACGGGUUUCCCGAGUAUACGGAGAAUAUGGGAGAGUUCAUCCCAGACAUAUUCAAAGAAAUAUGUGAAUCCGGUCAAGAUACAUUGCCAUUUCUAGCAGAAUUGGAACCACUGAUCACUCAAUGGUCCGGAGAAAGAACAGACGAGAAAUGUAUCGGUCAUUAUUGCCUAACACAUCUUGCAAAAGACCCUGAUUGUAAUCGAGUAGAAAAUUAUCUUGUAGAACUCAUAAACAACAAACUUAAAUUUUCAGAACCUUUGGAAUAUGUCCAGGGAGCGAUACAUAAUAUCCAUGUAAUGGACAUGUUCCUGAAGACUCAUAAUGACCACUCGUUGGAAAACAUGAAUAAUUUUUUCCUGGAACUGAAAGAUGCUGUCAUUGAACUAAUUAUGCUCGGAUCACCUGGGUUUACAAUUGCUCACGAAUUAUCUCAUUCAAUAAUUAAAAGCUCCCCACGGGAUUUAUUAUUAUAUUUCUCUCAAGAAGCGAGGGACUGCAUUCAAGAGCAAUACCGAUCAUCAUGCAGAGAAUUUGAUGAGGGUGAUUGUGAAAUCACAGAAGAACAUUUUGAAGAGAAUGGGGCCGAUGUUUUGGCUAUGCAAAUCAUUUGGAAACUGUUUGAAAGACAAUAUAUCGACCGAGAGAAAAGAAUCGUAGAAAUCAGGGGUUCUGAAAAACUGAAGCAGUUAUUCUAUUCGAUGGCCACAAAUCUCUGUGAUGGAAAGAAAUCAGUUGCCGAUCCAAGUGAUCCACAUGCACCAAACAAUGUUCGAAUUAAUGCUUUGGUAAACCAUCCAGCGUUUGAAAUGGCUUUCCAAUGCUCACCUCACUCCCGAAUGAUGAAAUCAAAAACUAAAGAAUGCCCCGUUUAUGGAGAGAGCGCACCACAACACCGGCGUCGUUUCUUUCCUAAGAAAUAG